AUAACACGUUUUAAAGCAAUUAUUCUGCGCAUUGAGUAGUAGAUUUACGUAUGACCACUCCAGUGCGUUAGAAAGUGUGGAGGACCAGUACGUGGCAGUUAAAGUUGUACUGCUGUUCGAGCACGUAGCUCGAGGAUUCUGUAGAACCAGAUUUCAGGAGGUUCUCUGUAGUUUCAGUGAAGAAGUGUACAUCAGAGACAUGCAGUUUUUGCUGGUGACCGUUUGGUCUGUGUGCUGGCUCUGUUGCAAAGUACAGGCAGAGGUCUUCACAUCUAUUGGCCAGAUGACAGACUUGAUCUUGGCAGAGAGGGAUUUGGUUCACUCCCUGAAGGAAUACAUUAAAGCAGAGGAGUCCAAGCUUGAUGCUGUGAAAAGCUGGGCAAACAAGCUGGAUGUGCUAACACUUGCAUCAACUACUGAUCCUGAAGGAUUUUUGGCUCAUCCAGUGAAUGCCUACAAGCUGAUGAAAAGACUAAACAGGGAAUGGCCUGAACUAGAACAACUGGUACUACAAGACUCUUCAGAUGGGUUCAUCUCAAACAUGUCUAUGCACCGACAGUUUUUCCCAGAUGAGGAGGAUCAAACAGGUGCAGCCAAAGCUCUGAUGCGUCUCCAGGAUACAUAUCACCUGGACUCUGAGAGCUUCUCCAAAGGCAAAUUGCCAGGUGUGCGCUUCAAUGCUUUUCUGACUGUGGAUGACUGCUUUGACAUGGGAAGGACAGCGUACAAUGAUAAUGACUAUUACCAUGCAGUACUGUGGAUGCAACAGGCCCUGCGACAGAUGGAUGCUGGUGAGGACUCCAAAAGAUCUAAGUCAGAAAUCCUGGACUACCUGAGUUACUCUGUCUAUCAGAUGGGAGAUAUUCCUCGAGCCAUUGAACUCACUCGACGCCUGGUGUCUAUUGAUCCCAGCCAUGACCGAGCACAAAGCAAUCUGCGGUACUUUGAGCAGUUGUUCUCCAAAGAGCUAAAGGAGAUGGAUCAGGAAAAAAAAGAUCCUACUGGAGAGACAUCCACUGAGCCGGUAACCUAUGAGCGCCCUAAAGAUUAUUUGCCUGAGAGAGACGCCUAUGAGGCCCUGUGUAGAGGCGAGGGGGUCAAAAUGACUGAACAGAAGAAAAGUAAGCUGUUCUGCCGCUAUCAAAAUGGGAACAGGAACCCACGUCUUCUUCUUAAGCCAAUGAAAGAGGAGGACGAAUGGGACAAUCCACACAUUGUCCGCUAUCUGGACGUGCUUUCUGAUGAAGAGAUUGAGAAGAUCAAAGAGCUUGCCAAACCUAGGCUUGCAAGAGCAACUGUGCGAGAUCCAAAAACAGGUGUAUUGACAACAGCACAGUACAGGGUAUCCAAGAGUGCAUGGUUGGAAGGAUAUGAGGAUCCAGUCAUUGCUCGUGUCAAUCGGAGAAUAGAAGACAUUACUGGUCUAACAGUGGAGACUGCAGAACUUCUUCAGGUUGCUAACUAUGGGAUUGGAGGUCAAUAUGAGCCACAUUUUGACUUCUCAAGGCGUCCUUUUGACAGCAACCUCAAAGUUGAUGGAAAUAGGCUUGCCACCUUUCUUAACUACAAAGAUGAGACCGAAGCUUUCAAAUCUUUAGGCACAGGAAAUCGUGUGGCUACUUUUUUAAAUUAUAUGAGUGAUGUGGAAGCUGGUGGUGCCACUGUGUUUCCAGAUUUUGGUGCUGCUAUCCGGCCAAGAAAGGGCACUUCUGUCUUCUGGUACAAUCUCUUCAGGAGUGGUGAGGGAGAUUACAGAACAAGACAUGCAGCCUGUCCAGUUUUAGUCGGUAGUAAAUGGGUGUCAAACAAGUGGAUCCAUGAGAGAGGUCAGGAGUUUAGGAGACCUUGUGGCCUCACCGAAGUGGACUGAUUCUGCCUAUUGAGAAAUAACUUCUUAAACAUUUAAAACACUCAGCUUCUCCAAAAGUGCCUGAACUGUGAUGGAUCAUGAACACAACACAAUUUGGAGUCUUACACAAAGAUGUUGGAUGCACUUUUGUCAGAAGUCAGUCAGCUGUGGUAGCCAUGUUGGACACUGUAAACAUUUCUGUGGUGAUCAGGAAUCAAUAGCCUUAACUACCAAAUUGGGGCUAUAUUAAGUGCAUCAUCUUAAGGGAUCUUUUGUCUUUCUUUUUUAUAUUUCUUUCUUUUUUUUCCUUCUCCAAAAACUGUUAUUUUCUGUAGUUUUACACUAGUCCUUUUGUGGAAAUUAUGGAAAUGAAUCAUGCGCCAAAAUACAAAGUUUCUAAAAAAAAAAAAAAAGUCUGUAAGAGCUCUGUGUGAACUUCCCUGGAUAUUCUUAUUACUUUUCAGAUGGAAUUUUUUUUCUUUGAUCUUUUUUGUUCUGAAAUCAUGUGUCUGUCAUGGUUAAAAUGCCAAAGUCCACAUCUAAUGUGAUUGCUGAUAUGUGCAUAAUUAAUAAAAUAUAUACAAUAUAAAAUA